UCCAAACCAAACGGUCGCCAGUUUUUCCGGAAUUUUCCCGACUCAGCUUAUCGUGUCGUCGCGCGUCCUCGUCUCACUUUCCGUAGCCCGCUUAUCAGCGCAAAAAAAAAGGCGUCGCGUGGAAAUGCCGUCGGUGGAAAUGCAGUUGGCAUAAUUCGUUGCUGCAACAUAUCAACUGGGAUUUUCCGGACAGCUCAUUAAUCAGGAUCCUUACACAUCUGCAAUCAUGUUUUGGAUUUUACGGCGCACCGGAGCCGCCAACUUUUUCAACUCCUUCAACAACAACUGCAGCUUCUCGAAGAGCAAUUCGAACGGCGGCAAUCACAGCAACAGCACACAAGACAAAUAUGUGAAGCGGCCCCCACGGAAGGCAUAUGGACGACUAAGUGCCGAGGCCGACGAUGCCGUGUCACUAGGCCACAAAAUCGAUGAUCCGUUCGAUGAGCUAGACGACUUCGAAAUGCUGGCAGCGAACGCGGGAACACCUGGGUGUAGCAGUCACAGCCAUGCCAACAAUGAGCCACCAGGUGAAGCCAAUGGCAACGUCAAUGUCAACGGUGGUUCAGGUUCAGGAUCAGCUGGAUUGGCACUGGGUUCUGGAGGAUGUAACGGGAACGGGAAUGGUAACCUCUCACCCUGCACGGAUGCCGAUUGCCAGGGCAACUACGAGGUGGAGAGCCGCCUCUGCGAACUGGGCCUCUGCCAGGCGAAAGGGAAAACAUCAAAGGACCUCCUCCUCGGUGCAGGGAACACGUCAACAUCGAAGGAGAUUAACGAAAACACAAUAAGUCGACUGCAUGCACUGGCCAUGGCCGAUGACGAUGAUGACUACGAUGAAUCGCUUACCUGCAACGUGUGCGACCGAGCUUUCCAUUGUCACCGUCAGCUGGCUUCGCACCAGCAGAAGAAGCGUCACUUUGGCUGCAGUGGCUGCGAUAGUUUGUUUCCCUCACUAAUGCUUCUGGAGCACCACAAGGAGGAAUUUGAGCACUGGAGCGACGAGGAGAUGGGUCGGCGGGUCUGCUGUCGGCGGAACAGGUGCGAUGACGAUUAUUUCACGGACACCGACUCCUUUAUCAGCGAUGCGGAGAGCGAGGAUCUGGAGAGGCUGUUGUAAGCACCGGACACCGAGAUAGGAUAGUGACUGAAGAAGGGAUG